GAUAAGAUCAUCGUUCUCCAACUCCCUUUCAGUAAGAAACGGCAUGGAGCAUACUGCAACGCCACAUAGGAAGGGGGGUAGUGAGGGGCAAAUAAAGCGCGCCCACAACGUAAUCGGCUGUAUUUUCCAAGGUUCUUUCCUAUUAGCACAUUCCAUGAAGCCUCUACAACCCAUCCAGAUCUGUGACGGGUUGGAAUAGGGUGAGCGAAUAUUAUAACAUCAACAGAACGAGACAGAACGAGACAGAACGAAGAAACGCCUGGUUUCGCACAUCCCACCUUCGCUGUCUUCCUCCUGAGAAACAUUCGACGAAACCUAGACCUUUCUCAGAGUCACCACCAUGCCUAACCUCGUGCGGAGCACUCUUGUAGCAGCCAUGCUCGUACUCUCUAUUUAUUCUUCUUGUGGCUUCACAGGUUCGACACCGAGGCCAGCGGACAAGCUACUCAAGAAACAGGUCCCGGCUGAACCAACCGGAGUAAGAACCAUUCAUUCUCCAAGAGGCAUUACAAUUCGGUAUAAGGAGCCCGAAACCGAAGGAGUUUGUGAGACGACGCCGGGUGUCAAUUCAUACUCAGGUUAUGUGGAUCUGGACGAAAAUACACACAUGUUCUUCUGGUUUUUCGAGGCGAGGCAUAAUCCCGACGAGGCUCCCCUCACCCUGUGGCUUAAUGGAGGCCCAGGUUCAGAUUCACUAAUUGGGCUAUUCGAAGAACUUGGCCCUUGCAAUGUUACUCGUAACCGCACUUCUUUGGUGAAUCCCUAUGCGUGGAACGAAGUCAGCAAUCUUCUGUUCCUCUCUCAACCCAUCGGCGUCGGCUUUUCAUAUGCGGAAUCCGUGGUUGGUGUUAUCAAUGACACUACCCAGCUUCCCAUCCCAGAUCCUCAGCCUGAUGGGCGAUACAGCGAUGUCGACCCGUACCGGUUUGACACUACCAACCUAGCCGCUGUAGGAACCUGGGAGAUCCUACAAGGCUUCAUUGAGAAUCUACCUUGCCUCGAUCCAACUGUCAAGUCGCGCAGCUUCAACCUCUGGACGGAGAGCUACGGAGGGCAUUACGGCCCUGCCUUCUUCCGAUAUUUCUAUGACCAGAAUUCCCUCAUCCGUAAUGGUAGCAUCGCUGGCAUCGAGCUUAAUAUGCAUUCUCUCGGCAUAAUAAAUGGUAUAGUAUCAGAACGCAUCCAGGCUCCAUAUUAUCCGGAGCUUGCGUAUCGCAACACUUAUGGUAUCGAGGCAGUUAACGAGACCAUAUACAACUAUAUGAAGCUAAACUACUACUUUCCCGGCGGCUGCCGAGACUCGAUCGACCUUUGUUACGAGCAAGACCGUUCGACCCCAGACGGAAAGGCCAUCUGCUCUCAAGCCACCGCCAUCUGUAGAUCGCUAGUCGAAGGGCCUUACUACGUAGUAAGCGGACGGAAUCCGUAUGAUAUCCGAGCCAAAAGCAACGCCAGUAUCCCCCCGAGCUACUGGGUUGAGUAUCUAAAUACCGCGAGAGUGCAGAAUGCGAUUGGGGUUGACAUUAAUUACACCUCUACGAGUAGCUCUCAGGUCGGGAUUGGCUUCGACUAUACCGGCGAUUUUGUUUACCCAAACUUGCUAGACGACCUCGAAACCAUCCUCGACUAUGGAGUUCGUAUUGCUAUGAUAUACGGAGAUGCUGAUUAUAUCUGCAACUGGAUGGGCGGUGAGGCAGUGUCUCUGGCAGUGAAUUACACUGGUAAAGCGGAGUUUGCUAGCGCAGGAUACGCACCAUUUAUAGUUGACGGCACUGAGUAUGGUGAGAGUCGGCAAUAUGGCAACUUCAGCUUCACACGGGUGUACGAUGCUGGCCAUGAGGUACCUUACUACCAACCAAAGGCGGCCUUGGAGCUCUUUAGACGCGUUCUCGCUGGUCUGGCAGUAUCGGACGGAGGCGAGAAUGUGACGCGCACGUAUAAGAGUGGUGGAACAGUCAAUGCCACACACACAAACAGUUAUGUGACAUACUAUACGGGGCGACCCGGGGAGUCAAAGCCUUAAAUAACGUUGAAUAUAGGCAGACGACGAAGGACCUUGGAAAAUGCAGGCAGAGGAAAUAUAAUACUUGCCAAAAGACUUUAAGGGGGGAGACCGAGUUUUCAAGUUAUGUAAUAAACACGGAGCUGUAGGGUAAGCUGCUAGAUAGCACUAAAUAUGUUCAGUAAGAGAUGGAGUCACAUGGCUUAAAUAUCAGGGUAUAAGUAGAGUACCUACAUGAGUUUACAUCCAUUGCAU